AUGUUUGUGCUACCGCCUCCGCCGAGGUACCCUACGCAGGCAGCGUAUAAUGCCGCUGUCGCUGCCGGCCAUGCAACACCUAUGAUCGAGACCAAUAAUAUACUGUCAAAUCCCGAAGACCAAUUUUUAGCCGGAGAAGGAACAUAUGUGCUUAAAGAAGAUCUACUCCUUGCGACACCACCACCCCAUCCUUCCGAAGCACCGGUUCUCAAUCCCAAUCCUUUAGCCACGACACCGCAGCCAGCUACAGCCGGAACCAAGAUCUCAAUCCUUAGCCUUGAAACACGACCACCACCUCCAGCUCUCUUUAAGCUUACUCCAACGACUACCACCCUAUCACCGAGUAUCGCCGAGCACCCGAGUGAGGGACGUUACUCCAACGAUGCCAAGCUAAGCAGUGAUGGAGAGGGGAGAGGCACAUCCCUUAGUGAUGGCGGGCCGUCGACAUCUGCUACUGCCAUCUCGGCGCCAGCCUUUGGGGAUGGCAAUGCUUUACUUGCGCCAGAGAAAACCAAAGAUCCUAACAAGCGGCGCAAACCGAAAAAUAAUAUGACCAAGAGUAACUCGUCCUUUAUAUCAAGGGUCAUUAUUAAUGAGGCUUUCUCCAAGAAGUUAGCCGACCGACCAAGUGACGGACUAUUUGCCUUUGCGAACAUUAAUCGUGCAUUUCAAUGGCUAGAUCUCUCGUCUCCCACAAAGGCUGAUUACCUAACUAAAAUUCUCUUUACUAAAGCGCAUUGCUUAAGCCACGAUGUGAACUUAGUCACCAAGAGUUCGACUCAUAUUGAUAUUAUCAUGGGCUUCUCGACAGGUGAAAUCAUAUGGUGGGAGCCCAUGUCCCAACGAUAUACUAGACUAAAUAAAAAUGGUGUCAUUAACAAGACGCCUGUUUCCCAAAUCCGAUGGAUACCAGGAGCAGAAAACCUAUUUCUCGCUGGACAUAUGGACGGCUCCUUAGUUGUCUAUGACAAGGAGAAAGAGGAUGCGAUCUUCAAUGCCGAGGAGGAAGGGACUCAAUCUAAUGGGGACGUUUCGGCUCCUAAAUGUGUCGACCACUUUAAAGAGAUUAAUGUGUUCAAGUCUGUUCAUUCUAGAAAUCAGAAAAGCAAUCCCGUGGCUGUAUGGAAAUUGUCGAAUCAGCGGAUCAAUGCUUUUGAAUUCUCGCCCGACAACCGUCAUCUUGCGGUAGUUUCCGAAGAUGGCACGAUGCGAAUUAUUGAUUAUCUUAAAGAAGAACUUCUUGGGGUAUACAAUGCCUAUUACGGUGGAUUUACGUGCGUAUGUUGGUCUCCCGACGGCAAAUACGUCCUCACCGGAGGACAAGACGACCUGAUCUCAAUCUGGUGUCCCUCAGAAACGACACUCAUAGCGCGAUGCCAGGGUCAUCAGUCGUGGGUGACAUCUGUUGCAUUCGAUCCUUGGAGAUGCGAUGAGAGAAACUAUCGCUUUGGUAGCGUGGGUGAAGAUUGUCGUUUAUGCCUCUGGGAUUUUAACGUCGGGAUGUUACAUAAACCAAAAGUAACAUCAAGUCGACAGCGUGGCUCUAUCUCUUCUCGACUUCCCGCAUCACAGCGAGCCGAAACCCAGAGCGUUGCGACCGAUAGGAUACGGUCGGAUUCUGUUGUUUCGGCAUUGCUAGACGCGGAGGAAAAUGCGAUUAACCAUCCGGUGGAACCACGAUCGCGAACGGCGAUAUUGCCGCCAGUGUUGACGAAGGUAGCGGAUAAGCACCCCCUUAGCUGGAUCGAAUUCACUGAAGAUGCUAUCGUCGUCACAUCAGAACUUGGAAUCGGCCGUCAGACUCUCUAG